AUGGCAGAUCUUCCCAAGGAUCGUUUAGAGCCAGCUCCACCAUUCACAUACUGUGGAAUGGAUUGUUUCGGCCCAUUCAUCAUUAAGGAACGUCGAUGUAAAGUGAAACGAUAUGGUGUAAUUUUUACUUGUUUGGCCCUUCGUGCUGUUCACAUAGAAACUAUAGAAGAAAUGUCUACUGAUGCAUUCAUUAAUAGCUUACGUUCAUUCAUUGCUAUCAGAGGUCCUGUAAGACAUAUACGAUGUGACAGGGGAUCUAACUUCAUUGGUGCCAAAAAUGAGCUUUAUCGUGAAAUGCAGGCACUAGAUAAAGACACAAUCCAAGACACAUUGCAGAGUGUUCAAUGUGAGUUCAUAUUCAAUUCUCCAGCCUCUAGCCACAUGGGAGGUGUCUGGGAACGCCAGAUUAGGUCAGUAAGGAACGUGCUUGCAGGAAUCCUUGAGCAAGCUAAAGCCAGGCUGAAUACUUCGUCUCUCAGAACAUUCUUAUAUGAAUCUAUGGCCAUUGUCAAUAGCCGGCCUUUGACAACAGAGCACUUGAAUGAUCCUAUGGGACCGACUCCACUUUCUCCUAAUCAGCUCCUGACAAUGAAAUCUGAUGUUGUUGCACCACCUCCAGGUAAUUUUGUGAAAGAGGAUCUAUAUGCUCGUAAACGAUGGCGCACAGUUCAGUACCUAAGCAAUUUAUUCUGGACAAGAUGGCGAAAGGAGUAUUUGAUAAAUCUCCAGUCCAGGCAGAAAUGGCAAAAGACGAAAAGAAACAUACAGGUAGGUGACAUUGUACUUCUUCAAGAAGAAGACACCAUUAGAUCUCAUUGGAGAUUAGCAAAGGUAAUAGAAACCAAUAAUGACAAAGAUGGACUUGUACGACGGGUCAAGAUUCUUAUGGGUGACCCAAACUUAACCAAACGAGGUAAGAGAACAACUAAUUGCUCUAUUCUAGAGAGACCUAUCCAUAAACUUGUUCUACUUGUAGAAAACAAUUCUGAAGACCACCACCCCCGAUGUAGCCCUGAUGGGUGGGAGCAGUAUAGAGUACACUCGUUAUC